AAGCAAACGACUCGCGCUCCACGCUGUCGCCCCUCCGGACGCGGCUCAAGAGACACGUUCGGGAGCCUCCGAGUCCGCUUUGCUCCGCCGCCCUGCCCCGCGACUUCUCUGGAUCGGCGGCGAUGGGGCUCGCUGGUCUCGCGAUGAUCCUGCUGCUCGCAGGCGGCGCUGCGGGCAGCCAGUCAGAGGCGCAGGUGGUCGUCAUGGCCGAGCAGGCGAUCUCGGACAGGUGUAGGGACGGCUUCAUGGGGGACUUCGACGCUGAGGACGGUCGUGCGGAAAUGGAGGCCACUCUCGGCGGCAGCAACUUCGUGCUCGAGAUUCUGACCGAGGCUAACAGCCCAGAGGACGCCGAAGCGCGUGCGACGGAGUAUGUGAAAACCGACGGCGUUACCCUCAUCGGGAGGAAGAUGGUCGGAUUCGCGAUGUUUGUGCUGAUGCUGGUACUCUUCCCGUGCUUCUGCCUCACUGCAUGCCCGUGCUGCGUGUGCUGCCGUGUUUGCCGUCCAAAAGACGACCCGCGGAACACGAACGGCAUCUUGAAGCUGGUCGGACUGUGUGCCGUGGGCGCCGUGGGCGUUGGGCUCUUCAUCUCCUGGGGCUACGCCCUGUCGGGCCACGCGAAGAUAUCCGAUGGUGUGGACAACUUGGGCUGCACUUCGGCGAAGCUGAUCCACACAGCCAUCGAGGGCCAGGAGGAUGCGGAUGCAAUGUUCAUCGGCUUGAACCAGAUGGUCACCGAUUUCCAAGCCCUGACGAACACUUUUGACGAGGACUCUGACUUCAUGAGGCAGCUGAACUUCAUUCUUGACGAUACAGAGGACAUCGAUACCUCCAUCCAGCUGGCGACGGAGACGCUGAGCCUGUUGUCAGACAUGAUGCGCCAAACAAACAACAGCAGCCCCGGGGGCUUCCACACCUGCGUGCUGUGCGCCGGCGUGGCGGAGCUGGUUGCGCCUGUGGUUGAUUUGCUGGGCGCCUCCCUGGGCGCUGCGCUGGCACAGGCGCGCUCGGUGACCAAGGAGCAACUUAACGGAGCCAACACCGAGGACAUGCAGCGGCUCUUGAACGCGUCUAUACAACCGACCCUCGAAGCGAAGGAAUCCUUCUCGGAAGCGCUGGAGCCUUUCGUCGACGCGCAGAACUGGGACCAGGUGCAGCUCGCAGUCGGAAAGUACGGCCUGGGCGUCGUGUUGGCGCUGGUGGCCCAGGCUGCCGUCUUGGUUGUAAUUGGCUUCCUCGCCAUGGGCUGCUUCCUCGCGAGGGAAGGGAACAGCGUUAGGGGCUACAACCGCACCGUCCACAGGAGCGCGUGCUGCGUCUGGAUGUGCGCCUGGCUGCUCUGCUUGUCUUGCUUCCUCUGGGGCGGCUUUAUCGAAGUGCUCGCUGUCCCGCUCAGCAGCGUAUGUCUGGUCCUGGACGAUGUCGACGGGAACAUGAUCCGGGACAUCCGCAGCACCCUGGACCUCACGAUCGAUCCCGAGAGCGACACUUUUGUCAUGAUGACGGACGUCGUGGACAAAUGCCUGAACCCUGUUGACCCCACCGAAGCCGCGAAUCUCGCGGACAUCUUCUUCACCACAGACGAGAACGGCACGAGGAUGACGAUGAGGGAGCAGCUAAUCGGAGAACUCGAGGGCAGAAUCAUGCCCAAGUUCGAAGAUAUGGCACGGUGGCGGAUGAUAUCGGAAAACGCCCAGAGCGAUCUCGAGAACGACCCUUUCGUCGUGGGCAUUCGCAGCCUUCUGAGCACCAAAGGCCCCGACAUGAGCGGCGAGAUCAUCACCGACCGGGCCGCGAUCCAGGGCAGCGGGGAGGACUGGGUGUCGUCGCUGCCCGUGGACUGGCUGGGCUACACCUCCUCGGUGAGGUGCGGUGACUACAUGGGGAGCGUGCCAGGGGUCGAGGCGUACGCCGCCGCAGAGACUGGUGCCAACGGUGUUGCCCUGAACUUCCCGAACGACACCUGCUCCGGAAUCGGCGACGGCAUCAGCGUGGGCGCCAAUUGCUCGUCAGCCGUCGACGCGUACCGUUGCGAGGCUGAUGAUUUCUUGCUCAACAAGAAGCACGACGUGAUGGAGAAUUCCAUCUUCAGGUGCGACGUCUUCGAGACCGACUCUGGCGAUCCGUGCGACAUCAAGGACAUGCUGCAGUCCAACCCGGUGCUGAACGUUUGGUCCAACGACUGCGUGCGGAGCGACGGCACCCUGAAGCGCAAGGAGGUCAGCUGCACUCUGGAAGAGUUCUCGGACUACAUUGCGGGCUUCGACCAGCGCAUCCAGAACACCAUGGCGCGCGUGGACGCCACCGUCAACGCCCUGUCAGGCGUGGUCGUCGGGGACAUGCGCGCCCUCUUGGAAGCUGAGAUCUUCUCGCCCAUCCUUGCCAUCAUCGACGGCAUUCAGUGCAAUUGGCUGUCGGAGCACUACCAGGAGGUGAUAAAUGGCUUCUGCUACCAAGGCGUGGUGGGAGCGAACCGGAUCGGUGCGGUGUACGUGGCCGUUGGGAUGCUGCUCGUCGUCCUCAUAGUGGUCAUGUAUGCCCUCUGGCGCCGCGCGGUCGACAACGUCAAGCUGCGUGAUGCCAUUCUGACUUCUGAUGGUGGCCCGCACUGAGCUUGCAGGAUGCCGAAGCUCGGGGGCGACGUUUGGGGGGGGGACAGGGUCAUAGGGGGCCACUUCGCCCCCUGCAUGUUUCCCUGCAAUGAUGGGGGGACGGCCCCUGCACAAUUUCUUCUAGCAAUGACCCCUCACCGCUCGACACAAAGUUGAUGCUGCGGGCACCACAUGAGUGCUGCUGGGGUGGUGCGUUCCGACACUUGCCGUGCGUGAAUUCUCGAGAGGAGCCUCACACACGAGGGGUGCUCGAGGCCGAGCUCAGCCGCCUGUCGGGUCAAAAAGCACUCGGCGGGCGGCGAAAGAGUUGCCCUGCCAGCUUGACCUUCAGCCGAAUCGCAGUGAUUCAUUGCGUCGUUGUGCGAGCAGCUUGGCCCCGGAGAAAGAAAGGGC